CGGAGCGACUUCUGGGAAGCCGAGUUUCGCGCAGGCGGCGGCGGCUCGUCCCUGACCUGGAAGCCGGAGAGCAAACCCUGGUGUUCACUAUUUUAAGAAGUUGUUUACGGAAGGAUAAAGUGACAUAAGCCCGAGAAAGGAGGCUCCUGGUGUGUGGAAAGAAGGAGGCUUGGCUGUUGGCAAAGACGUGGAUAAGAGCCAGUGGUUCUAAUGCCAGCGGACCUGACUAGCUACUGUACAACUGUGCAGUAGAAACUAUGCAUAUUUGUUGGUCAGCAAAGCCAAGGAACAAGAGCUAUGGCCUUUGAAAUGGCCUUUGUGAUUCCAGGGUAUUUUUCCUGGGUUUUAUCAUGCGGUACCUCCCUUCCAACUCAGCAGCAAUGUGGUACCUUUUACUGUUCAGUGAAGAUUAAGGACGUGCUCUUUGAUCAACAGCCAGAACUUAAAACCUGCUGGAACAGGGUCAGGGACCAUGUCAUUAGCAGCUGAGGAAGAUGAAAUUUCCAUUUUAUGUGGUGCCUUGUACAGGGAGUGCACUCACUCUUCUAGGAACGUGUGAGUGAGAAAGAGGUUGUGUUUUUCUGACUAGAAACUCACGGUUAUGGCGAGUGACCCAACGUGAUCAGAGGGGCAAGAGAACUCAUGACGGGUUAUACCAUGUUGCGGAAUGGGGGAGUGGGGAAUGGAGGUCAGACCUGCAUGCUGCGCUGGUCCAACCGCAUCCGGCUCACGUGGCUCAGCUUUACACUGUUCAUCAUCCUGGUUUUCUUCCCCCUCAUUGCUCACUAUUAUCUCACCACGCUGGAUGAGGCAGACGAGGCUGGCAAACGGAUUUUUGGCCCACGGGCGGGUAAUGAGCUCUGUGAGGUGAAGCACGUGCUGGACCUCUGCCGCAUCCGCGAAUCGGUGAGUGAGGAGCUCCUACAGCUGGAAGCCAAGCGGCAGGAGCUGAACAGUGAAAUCGCCAAGCUGAACCUAAAGAUCGAAGCCUGUAAGAAGAGUAUUGAAAACGCCAAGCAGGACCUGCUGCAGCUCAAGAAUGUCAUUAGCCAGACUGAGCAUUCUUACAAAGAGCUGAUGGCCCAAAAUCAGCCCAAACUUUCUUUGCCUAUCCGACUGCUCCCAGAGAAGGAUGACACUGGCCUUCCUCCCCCAAAGGUCACGAGGGGUUGCCGCCUGCACAACUGUUUUGAUUAUUCCCGCUGCCCUCUCACCUCUGGUUUUCCUGUCUAUGUUUAUGACAGUGACCAGUUUGCCUUGGGCAGCUACCUGGACCCCCUGGUCAAGCAGGCUUUUCAGGCUACAGCACGAGCCAAUGCUUAUGUUACAGAAAAUGCAGACAUUGCCUGCCUGUAUGUGGUAUUAGUGGGAGAAAUGCAGGACCCAGUCGUGCUGCGGCCAUCUGACCUUGAGAAACAGCUGUAUUCCCUACCACAUUGGCGGACAGAUGGACACAACCACGUCAUCAUCAACCUGUCACGCAAGUCGGACACACAGAAUUUACUAUACAAUGUCAGCACAGGCCGUGCCAUGGUGGCCCAGUCCACUUUCUAUGCUGCGCAGUACAGACCUGGCUUUGACUUGGUGGUCUCGCCGCUGGUCCAUGCCAUGUCAGAACCCAAUUUCAUGGAAAUCCCACCACAGGUGCCAGUGAAGCGGAAAUAUCUCUUUACCUUCCAGGGUGAGAAGAUCGAAUCCUUGAGAUCCAGCCUUCAGGAGGCCCGCUCCUUUGAAGAGGAGAUGGAAGGUGACCCUCCUGCUGACUAUGACGAUCGGAUCAUUGCCACCCUGAAGGCCGUCCAGGACAGCAAGUUAGAUCAGGUCCUGGUGGAGUUUACCUGCAAAAACCAGCCCAAGCCCAGUCUCCCGACUGAGUGGGCGCUGUGUGGGGAGCGGGAGGACCGCCUGGAGUUACUGAAGCUGUCCACUUUUGCCCUUAUCAUCACUCCCGGGGACCCUCACUUGGUUAUUUCAUCUGGGUGUGCAACACGGCUCUUUGAAGCCCUGGAAGUUGGUGCUGUCCCAGUCGUGCUAGGGGAACAAGUCCAGCUUCCUUACCAGGACAUGCUGCAGUGGAACGAGGCGGCCCUCGUGGUGCCCAAGCCUCGUGUCACCGAGGUCCACUUCCUGUUACGCAGUCUCUCUGAUAGUGAUCUGCUGGCCAUGAGGCGGCAAGGCCGCUUUCUCUGGGAGACAUACUUCUCCACCGCUGACAGUAUUUUUAAUACCGUGCUGGCCAUGAUUAGGACUCGCCUUCAGAUCCCAGCUGCUCCCAUCCGGGAAGAGGUAGCAGCUGAGAUUCCCCAUCGUUCAGGCAAGGCGGCUGGAACUGACCCCAAUAUGGCUGACAACGGGGACCUGGACCUGGGGCCAGUAGAAACGGAGCCACCCUACGCCUCACCCAAAUACCUCCGCAACUUCACUCUGACCGUCACUGACUUCUACCGCAGCUGGAACUCUGCUCCAGGACCUUUCCAUCUUUUUCCCCACACUCCCUUUGACCCUGUGUUGCCCUCAGAGGCCAAGUUCUUGGGCUCAGGGACUGGGUUUCGGCCUAUUGGUGGUGGGGCUGGGGGUUCUGGCAAGGAGUUUCAGGCUGCACUUGGUGGUAACGUGCCCCGAGAGCAAUUCACAGUGGUGAUGUUGACUUAUGAGCGCGAGGAGGUGCUCAUGAACUCCUUGGAGAGGCUGAACGGCCUCCCGUACCUGAACAAAGUGGUGGUGGUGUGGAAUUCUCCCAAGCUGCCAUCAGAGGACCUUCUGUGGCCUGACAUUGGCGUCCCCAUCAUGGUGGUUCGUACUGAGAAGAACAGUUUGAACAAUCGAUUCUUGCCCUGGAAUGAGAUUGAAACCGAGGCCAUCCUGUCCAUUGAUGAUGAUGCUCACCUCCGCCACGAUGAAAUCAUGUUUGGGUUUCGGGUGUGGAGAGAAGCACGGGACCGCAUCGUGGGCUUCCCUGGCCGGUACCAUGCGUGGGACAUCCCUCACCAGUCCUGGCUCUACAACUCCAACUACUCCUGUGAGCUGUCCAUGGUGCUGACAGGUGCUGCCUUCUUCCACAAGUAUUAUGCCUACCUGUAUUCUUAUGUGAUGCCCCAGGCCAUCCGAGAUAUGGUGGACGAAUACAUCAACUGUGAGGACAUUGCCAUGAACUUCCUUGUUUCCCACAUCACUCGGAAGCCCCCCAUCAAGGUGACAUCACGAUGGACUUUCCGAUGCCCAGGAUGCCCUCAGGCCCUGUCACAUGAUGAUUCCCACUUUCAUGAGCGCCACAAGUGUAUCAACUUCUUUGUCAAGGUGUAUGGUUACAUGCCCCUCCUAUAUACUCAGUUCAGGGUGGACUCUGUGCUGUUCAAGACCCGCCUGCCCCAUGACAAGACCAAGUGCUUCAAGUUCAUCUAGGGGCAUUGCAGGUUUUGGGGAGAGGAAGGGCAGAGUGAGGGAGAUGGCUCCCAAGGUUCCCAAGGUGUUAAGGACCUUGGGGACAUCCACUGGGUGGGUGGCCCAGACCCUCUGCUGGGAGAGGCAGCAGGAAGAGUGGAAAGGAAAUAGCUGCCUUUUUCUUGAAGUCGGCCACACUGGGCCUGGAAUCCUGGUCAUCAGACCUGGGGUUUCCACACAGGGCACUGACUGAUAGCGCACACUGAGGACCAUGGGGACUCUGGAGAGUCACUCACUAGUUCAAAAGCCCAGGACAGCUGGUUUGUGGUUUUUAAAUUCAAUAACAACUAUUAUUAUUAUUUAAAAAGAGAAAGUUUCAGAUCUGCCAUUCAAGGCUUAUUUAUAUAUGUGUGCAUAUAUACACGUAUAUGUGUAUGUACAUAUGUAUGCACACACAUACAUAUACAUAUAUAUAUAUAUAUAUAUAUAUAUAUAUUUGGUGGGAGGAGUCUGAAAUUUUUGCCCCUCUCUCUGUGGGAGGGUCCUACCAGACUCCUUGUGUUCUGCAGUUUGGAGGACAUGGAUUCUGGCCUUGUUACCUGGCUUAUCCUUUACCUCUCCCAUGCCCCAAGGACAUCUGAGUGCAGAAAAAAGAAAGGGAUGGACUUGGCCUUCUUACCAGGCCUUGGACAAGACUGGAUCUGUGGUCUGUUCCUGACCCUUUCUUUUGCCAGCUGUUGAUCUGUAAUCAGCUUCUCCUCCUGUUCCUCCUCCAGGGAGCUUGGGGAUGAUCUGCACCAUGGAGAGAACAGCUAAGUGGGGAGCGACCUGCUGGGUCUAGUGGUUGAGGAUUUGUCAUUAGGCCAGAGCUUGUCCCAGGACUUACCCCUGCUCUCUCAUUCUCUCCCUUAUUUGAGAGAGAGGAAUAAAGCAGUAGAGAAUGAGGCAGGAGUAAGGCCCGCACUGCCAAAUGGCUCUGGUUGGCUGGCCCUCCUGGGAACAGCAUGUGCCUCUGGAGUGGGGCUUCCUUCAGAUGUUCUCUUGGAUGAGAUGCAGGAAAGCUGCAGGCUGCACCUGAAGAUGUGGUUGUGGUCUGUGGGCCUGUUAGCUCUGGCAUACAACAAGCACGUGACCUUUGAGGAUCCCACCCGGCUGGCCGGGAAGAAGACUUGCAGCAAGGCACUUGGCCUUGGGAUAAAUACCUUGGUGAAAUUCACCUUCCCCCACCUCUGUCUGGACCUCCACCUGUCACCUGUGGUUUUUGGACCCCUAAUGCUAGGUUGUCUGUAGGACCCCCUGAGGUUUGGUGUGUGCUAGGACAGUGGGAGGCUGUGAUGUGCUAGGGCAGUUCAAAUCCAGCCUUGGACUUUAACAGGCGUUCACACUUUGUUACGUUUCCACUACCAGUUUAAUUUCUGUUCCCUGGGCUGAAAGUGAAAUAAGCUAAUUUUGGUCACAGUGGCAGUGGGGGAACUCAGGAGGGUGUUGGUGUCGUUUGUUGGGGAUUUAGCCCAUAACCACUGUUUUUUUCUGAGCCCCACUUCUGGAAGUGGAGUUGAGCACAGGUUCCCAGCAGUCAAACAAAAGCUCAGGUCUGUCCUGGUCAUCACAUGCCUUAAGCCAGUUCCGUCUUCCCUAGACCUUGACAUCCUGUGCUUCUAUUUCUUGGGGUACAUUCUCCUCUGGCCUGUGUGGACCAAAUGGGUUCUCCACUGUUUUAAAGCCAGUCUCUUUCCUGUAGAUUCCACUCAGCUCCAGAGCUGGCUUGGCCCAAGGGAGCUCUCCUCAUCGGCCAGCAGGCCCUAGGUCUCCCAGGCUGGCAUCGCCACACCUUCCCACUGGUAUCUUGUGGCUCCUGCCAAGGCAGCUACCUGGGGAAUUUGGUUAUGCUUCUCAGCAACCAGCAAAGGGGUCCAGACCCCUUUACCCUACUUUCUAACUGCCCUUUCCUUGACUUCUGGACAAUUAAUUUUAGUAGUAACCUUCUUCUGUCAGGGGAGCCAAAGAGUGUGGUGUUUUGAGCUAUAUAUGUGGCUGCUAUUUCGUUUCUUUUAAUGUGAGGAUGCAGUGGGAGACAUGGGGAAGAGCUGUCUGUGUGGCAGGACCCCACCCCCUUCAGUGGGGGCAGAUCCAUGGGUCCCUCCAUGUGGUUCAUUCAUGGAUACCAUCAAAAUGUGCUGUAGGGAGGCUGUGAUGUUGGAGGGUCAAACAGGGAUAGCACUGUUGGGACUGACAGGACACUGACUUGAAGGACCCCUGGUCGACACUGACCUGUGCCUGCACUGUCCUCAGCAGUGACGGGCAAAGCAGUUGGACAUGCAUAUUUCUUAGGAAGGUGCUCCUGGGAAUGCCUGCUGUCUGCAAGAUGGGAUUGGGAGAGUCCCUGGGCCCUACCUUUGAUGCUGCUUACUGUGGGACACCGGAUAGUGGGGACUCUGCCACAGGGAAGCAGCCCUCCUUGGCUGUGUUCUGGAGGACUUGUUCCUUGGCCUCAGCUCUCGAUGAGACAGCUUUGCUUCCAGCUAGCCAGCUUGCUCUUCACGUUGAGGGCAAGGACUGCCCAGCUUGGUGAUAGCCUCCUAGGUGCUCACAGGCCUUGCGCAUUUGUCCCCAGCAGUGCUUCUGUUUGGUGGGGGCUGCGCCUCAUACAGGACUCAACGGGUCCUGUCCAGGAAGAGGAGCUGGAUGGCUGGGAGCCAUCUGUCCAGGAGCUGCCUGGGUGUGCCCAGGGAGCACCUCGUUCCAGAUGCUGCUUUGAAGGGGGCUCUUUGGUAUCAUGCCGUGUGCAUCCAUCCACCCCUUUUCCAACCAUGAGCACAAUGGUCUUACGUUUUUUGUAAAAAAACAAAACAAAAAACAAAAACAAAAAUAAAUGGAGACUUUAACUCAA